AUGGCGUCGGUUCUAACGGCAGCAAUGGGAUCGGAGGACCUGACAGCCCAUCCUGGAUUCAGCGAUGAAAAAUACUCAAUGUUGAUUGUCAUCGGUUCGCUCUAUCGACCGAACAUACUGGACUAUAUAGUGGUGGAGAUUGAAAGAGGUAUUCGUGCAUGGGAUGUGGACUUGACAAUGUGCAACUUGGAUGAGCAGCUCAAGCUCUUUGUUUCUCAGCAUUCUUUGGAUCAAUCCAAGGACAUAAGAGGUCAAAGAACAUUACAGUUCAGCAAAGAAGUACUAGACAUUAGGGUUGUAGUAAAUCCAUCUGAAGAGUUUCUCUACUCUGAGUUGCACAGCUUGAUCUCAAGCAUAUCUCGGCACAAGCUUCUGGUGCUCACGGGACAGUCUCUUGAGGAAACAGGGGACCUGGUCCUGCACACUGGACAGUUCACUCCAAAUGAUUUCAACCAGAUCUUUUCAGAUGAAGAGAUUCAGGCACUGUUAAACUCUGUUAGCACAUAUAGCAAAGCUAACCUCACCGUAAGCUGCCCUAAAACUGGAAAAUGGAAAAACUCUGUGCUAGGAAAACACAACAUAAAUGACAUUAUCGACAUUAAGGUGAAUCCUUUAAUGGUACUACCCAAAAUGGGAGGCCUUCAGGAGUUCACAGACCACCUUUCUGAGUCCUUAGAGCCACAGUCUCCAUUUGACCUCUUGGAGCCUCCUGGCACGGUGGGAUUUCUCAAACUAUGUCGCCCAUGCUGCUAUAUCUUUCCAGGAGGCAGAGGAGACUGUGCCUUCUUUGCUGUCAAUGGCUUCAAUGUUUUGGUCAAUGGUGGAGCAGAUCCACGCUCUUGCUUCUGGAAGCUGGUCAGGCAUUUGGACUGCAUUGACUCAGUGCUCCUUACACAUGUUGGAACAGAUAACCUGCCAGGAGUUAACAGCCUGUUGGAGAGGAAGGUUGCAGAGCUUGAUCAAAGUAAAACUGACUCCCAAGACAAUGAGCAAUGGAUGAAAAAUCUGAUCUCCCCAGAGCUUGGUGUGGUGUUCCUUAAUGCCCCAAACAGACUUAAAAAGCUUCAAGGUGACCCUAAUGUACUACGAAGCAGUGAUCUAGCAGCACAUACUUUACAGAAUUUGGAAAAACUAAAGAUCCCACCAGAACCACUUCUCCGCAGUUCGGGUGGCUUGAUAGAGCCAGUCAUUCUUUUCCAGAAAAUGGGAGUGGGAUGUCUUGAACUUUAUGUCCUAAAUCCAGUCAAACAUAGCAAAGAAGUAGAGUCCUUCAUGCAUAACUGGACAGAUAACAGCUCUAAAUCCAAGAGCUUAGAUGUUCCCCUGACCUCUCUGGUCUCUAUAUGUGCUUUGCUUGUUUGGCAUCCUGCCAGCCCAAUUGAAAAGAUUAUCAGAGUUCUCUUCCCUGGCUCUACACCACAAGGUAAGAUCAUGGAUGGUCUGGAGAGGCUAAAGCAUCUAGAGUUUCUCAAGCGGCCCAUAGUUUGCUCUAAAGAUUUUGAAACAUUGAGAUCAGAUAAGACUUCAAAACUUGCAGAGAGUCAGGACAGUCCCAACUCUGGUAACAAGGAACCAAGAACUAGUAAUGGUGCUUCAAAGGACCGAUCUGUUCGUGCACAUUUAGAGCUAAAAGACAAAAUCAAAGGCAUGAAUGGAAAUUAUCCAAAAAGUGAAGAAAGUCUGAAAUCAGUAGACAGCGAUGCAAAACUAAAACCAUCUAAACUCCUUACAAGGAAGGAGUCUUUAAAGGACAAAAGCAAUGACAAAACAAUCAUAUCAGACUUAAAGAGACAAGAAAAUGGACGGAGAAAAAAUUCAGGGAGUAAGGAUUCUUUGAUAAUCAAACCAAAAUCAGAUAUCAAAAGGGAUGUAAAAACAGCAAAGUCUUUUGGAAAAGAUAGCAAGAUAAAACCCACAGGAUUAUUGAGCUCAAAUAAGCCUGUAAAUGUACAAAAUGGAGCAAAGUCAAAUAAGCAGGCUGAAGAAAAAGCCAAAAACUUCAAAUCUAACAAAGAGCAGCAGAAUCAGAAGCUGUCAACAGACUCCGAGGAUGUAAAUUGUUCCGUAAGGUCUUCACCAGAUAUGACAGCAGCAUUUCUGGAAAUGGAUAGAGAACAAAAUAAAUUACUUUUGGAAAAGCAAAACACUGACUCUUGGAACUUGAAAUGUGUCUCUACAUGUAAAGCACAAUCUAAGUGUAGUUCUAUAGUAAACCCUGGCAAGGCCACAGUGUCUGCAAGACUCUUUGACAAAACAAAAAAUGAUGGGGCUUUGAAAGACAACGUUUCAAAAAAUGGGCAGGAGGAAGUUUGUGUCAGUCUUGAUGAAAAGACUUUAGAUUUAACUUCUCCCAGAUCAGGCCCAAAUAGUGCUGGCCAUAUUCCUUAUCACCUGUCACCUGAGGAGACCUGGGCCUCAAGGGAUCUUAGUAGCCUUGGGGUUAAGAUGUGUCUUGGUUCGGAUAGUAUGCAAAUGGGAUUGUCCAAGUUUUCAGAGUCUAGAUGCCCUAAAAGCAACCAGGAGAGUGUCUCUACUUCCUCCAAAGAGAAACAUUCUAGUUUCCUGUCACUCAGCUCUUUUAAGGAUAUAAUACCUGAUAUAUCUCCCACUGUUACUACAACUCACUCAAUGCCAGCUGAAGUAAGUUCACCACAGUCCACUGAGGUUGAUGAGUCAUUGUCAAUGUCUUUUGAACAAGUGCUGCCUACAGUCAGUGAGUCCACCAAUGAAGAUGAAACAUCCUACUCAAAUGGACACCAAGUCAAUUCUGAUUUCAAAGUAGGGAUGUCUUUGUCUAUAAAGAAGCCUCACACUCAAAGGGCACUUAAUGAUGGCUCUAAUGGGUGUCCGCCUGGACCACAGGAUCUAGUGUUUGAUCCUACCCAUGAUGUCGACCUUUGCUUGGUCUCUCCAUGUGAGUUCAAACAUUUCAAACCUGCUGGCAAUCAAGAGGAUCCACUCUCACAACGAUUUAGUAACACAAGCCCUCUCAACCAUUCUGAUGAUAGUGACCACUCCCAAGAUUCAACUAAGCCCCUUCCACCAGCAAGUUCCAGUAACAGGGCCACUCAUCCAGCUCAGGAGACUCCUCUCACUUCUACCAGUGACAAUUUUCCCACAGCCACAGACUCAGAUGUACAUCUUGGAAUAGAGGAUUGUCCAUCCAUUACUGCAGAUGGAAUUCUAGAUUCUGAUGAAGAAGCUGCUGUCCAAUCCCAAAACAUAAAUGAUGGUUUCAAUUCUUAUCGACUUAACCAUCCUCUGCCUCAAGAUCCCCCACCUGCUCCUGUGAAAGACUUGCCUCCUCUUCCACCUCAGCCUGGAGCCUGCAUGCCUGAUCCUGUUAACAGUGUAAAGGCUGGUGUAGCAAAAGGCAAAAAAUCAGUGGGAGUUACACAGAAGUUAACAUCCUCUAGUAUUUCAAUACAAGGCACCAAAACCAGAACUGGAAGUCAAGGUUCCGUUAGUAGCUUGAGAAGUAGCUCAGCUGUAGACACUCUGGCAAAUCGGAGCACAAGCUCUGCUCCUCCUAAAAGAUUAACCAAAGCAGGUAGCAAGUCUGGCACUUCAGUAUACUUGGAUCUGGCUUAUCUUCCAUCGGGCCAUGCAGCUUCCACUGUUGAUGUUGAGUUUUUCUGCCACUUGCGAUCAUCCUGUUACAUAAUAAGUGGGGAUGAUGCUCUCAAGGAAGGCUUGAUGAGGUCUAUUCUCGAUGCAUUAUUGGAGGCAAAAUCUGUGUGGCCUGAGGAUGUGCCGGUGACCUUGAUUCCUACAUUUGAAUCGCUGAUGAUGCAUGAGUGGUACCGGGAUACUCAAGAAAAACAGCGACAACUGGGCAUUACAGUCUUAGGGAGCAACAGCACUGUGGCUAUGCAGGAGGAGAUAUUCCCUGCAUGUAAAGUAGAGUUCUGUUAGAUGGACGGUGAUGACAUAUGCUUUAUCUUUUCCACUUUUUGUGAAUAUUAUGCUUAAAGGAUUAGACCUAAUCUUACACACUUUGACCACCCCAGAUUUAGAUGUACAUUUAUGUUCAUGGCAGAUGCUAUCAACGACUCACAAGUGCAUAUAUUGUGCUUGUGACAGAUUAAUGAGCAGGUAGGACUACAAUACACAAUGAAAUCACAAGUGUUACAGCAACAACAUAUUUGAAUUUACUACUGUAAUUAAUUUGGUUUCUGGUUGACAAAGAAUAAAUAUACUAGAUUAUCACAAAAGUAAACCAUCAUAAUUAAACGUUGUAAAAUUUUACAUGGAGGAAGCAUGUAUGGUCAAUUAAGAAUGCAUUAUUGUGGUAAUGCAUAUGGCUGUUAGAGUCUAACAAUCAAAUGUCCAAUUUGGGAAAAUGUACCUGAACAGAACUACAUAAUUGCAUAAAUUGUUUCAAUUCUGACUGUGCAUGAAAACUAUACCAAAAGUAAAAUCAAUUGAAAGCAUAGUGUCAUAUUUUUAUAUAUUUUUUAUAGCUGCUUUUAAAUGUACCUGACAGAUAUGCUCUGUUUAUUUUGCAUUGUUCUUUUUACAUCAUUCUCUAAUUCCUUUGACUCUUUGGGGACCAGUAGCCUUACACAAACCCACACAAAUAUGGUAUGAAUGCACUGCACUAUGUAAACUGUCACUUAUUGCUGGUAAGAAAUCUGUAGAAAUAUGGUUGCAUGUAAUUGACCAUUUCAGUUGUUGUUUUUUGCUAAUGGUUGGACAUGUUCUCUAGCCUUACUGAUGAGGGGUAGAAGUACCAACUGCAUGGCAUAAAGUAUAAUAUUAACUGCAGAUCCUCCAAUGUCUGUUCCCACUGUGUUUCUGUUAAAUGCCAGCUGCUGUAGUGCAUAAUCUAACUAUACAAAAAAAUGGCUGGUAGGUCUGUGGGCUACAAAAGGCUUUUAAAAAUGCGUAAAAAAUGUGUGUAAUUUUCUUACAUAAUACUGUAUGUAAAAUUAAUGAUAUAAAUUGAAAUUAUAUUAAAUGUCAUUGG